GUUUGGCGUUUGGAGUCUGUUCUUUAAUAUUUUUAUGUUCUGAUUGGUAUUGGCGGGCAUUUGCAACGCCAAAACGACUUCUAUAACAAUUCGGGGCGUAAGCAGUAUACCCGUUAUGCCGACUAUCCGGCGGUGCUGCAUCAUCGGAUGCUUGUCGAAUUCGAGGCAGCAUCCGAGCAUGCAGUUCUUCGCCUUUCCCAGGCCGGACAAUCCCUUUCACAAGGUCUGGAAGGAGGCUUGCCACGCUUCGUUGCGACGCAUUAUACCAUUCAAGAAGCCGGUCGUGUGCGCCCUGCACUUUGAUCCCAGUGUGCUGGGCGGACGACGGCUGCAGUCGAAUGCUCUGCCCACGCUACGGCUGGAGGUGCCCUCCAAUCUGGAGGCCGUGGAGCAGCAGGCCAUGGUGGAGGAGAUCGAGCGCAGCCGCAAGUGCGCCUAUAUCAAUGCCGUCGUCUACGAGUGGCUGGUGCGCGCCAAUAUCAAUCCUCAGCUGCGCGGCAGCAUCACCCACGGCAUGAUCAAGGAUAAGGCGGAAAAUGCGCGCCAGGUAAUCGGCAGCACAUCCUUCAUAGCGGACAAUCGCUGGCUGAAUCGCUUUCGCGAGACACAUUUGCAGGGCUUCGCACAGAAGCUGGCCACCAAUCAGCUGAAGCCUAUGGGCACAUCUCUGUGGAUACCGGAUAUUGUACAGGAUUUGCAGCAUUUGUUUCCGCCGGCCAGCGCGGAGCGUGUGGCCAAGCUAGAGGAAAUGCCGGAGCAAUACAUGAACUACAUGCAACAGUAUGGCGAAUACGAGGAGGACGACGACAGUAUGGACAUUAAAGAUCAGAGCUAUCAGGAGCAGCAGCAGCAGCAGCAUUAUGCGCUUCAGCAACAGCACCUGCAGCAGCAACAACAACAACAGCAGCAACAGCAUCAGUUAAAUCAAGCCUGGCCGCCUUUUCCCGGCCACCCUCAUGGUCACCCACAUCCGCAUCCUGGCUUUAGCUUUAAUGACUACUAUUUUGAGCGCCAUCAGCAACAGCUGCAGCAGCAGAUGCAGCAGCACCAGCAACAACAACUGCAAGCCCAGUUCCCACCGCCGCAUGUGGUACCGGUACCAACACCAGGCGCAGCGCUGACGCCACCGCAGCCACAGCGAGAACCGUUCCAGCCACAACUACCCCCAAACCAGUCCCAGCAGCGCGUCAGUCCCUUCCAGCCUGUGCAGCUGGCCAAGCGACCGAAGCUGGAGUCACCGGCCGAUGACGAAGUACAAGAGAUAAAUGCCUCAGCGGCCGCACGUGGCUCCCCAUUGCCACUGGCCGAAUCCACGGCGGCCACGCAGCUGGAUCAGCACCAGCGCAGUCCCAGUCCCAAGGAGCAGAACAACAACAGCGGACGCGACAGCGCCAGCAGCAAAGAGAAUGCGCCCAAAACGACGACCGACUGCAACAGUGGCAAGUCCACACCCGUACGAUCCGUCAAAGGCAGCAGCCCGCCCGCAACAGCAGCAGCACCAUCCGCACCAGCCUCGCCAAAGAAGAAGGGCGGCAGCGCCAGCAGCUCCGGCAGCCAAACAAAUGGACACACCACGCCGGAACCGCCGGAUUCGAGCGCCCUGGCCAAUGUACUCAAGGAACUCGAUAGCUACACGCAAGCGCUGGAGUAUUUAAAGCCACUGGAGGAAUUCGUUCUCUUUAAGGAGAAUUUCCGUGCCAUUGGGCUGCUCUCGCAGCUGGAGCUGGUGCUGCGCAAGGGCGAUAAGGCCACGCUUAUAGAGGGUUAAGCUCAGCUCAAUUUGACAAAACACAAAACAGAAAUGUGAUGAACAGUGUACAUAUACAUAAAUUAGCUAAUUAAUUGAAA